UAGAAAUUCUCCUUUUUCUUGUCUCCCAACAAAAUGUGUCACCUUUUCAUUUCAAAUAUUCCAACACGCACUUACAUAUUUAAUUGAAGGUUGAAGGAAGCAUACAAAUCAACAUCUGCUUCAAUCUAGGUUUGGUAGCACUUUCUGUUUAAACAUUGUGUUUGUGCUGUGUUAUUGGCCAUAAAAUGAUUGAUUCUAUGGUUUCCUUAAACCCUCCCAAAACCCUCCACACAAAAAUCCCACUUUCCCCAUCAGUGAUUACCUCUACAACCAGAAUCACUUACAGACCAAACAAAUUCAGAAUCACAACCAUUCGCGCUUCAUCAAUGCGAAAAGAAAGCGAACAACAACCUUCUUUCGGAGACACUCUCCUCAACAGCACUCGCAAACACCAAGUUCUUGAUGCUGUCACAACUUCCCUCUCAAAUUGCCUCUCUGAAACUAACCUGCAUUUGACAGUUCCUGCUCUCAAAUCCAAAACUCGCGGCAAAGUUCGAGAUAUUUAUGAUACCGAGGAUUAUCUUGUAUUAGUGACCACUGAUCGCCAGAGUGCUUUUGAUAGGGUUCUUGCUUCUAUUCCUUUCAAAGGCCAGGUUCUUAAUGAAACAAGUCUGUGGUGGUUUGAGAGAACUAAGCACAUAGUUUCUAAUGCGGUUGUGUCAGCUCCCGAUAAAAACGUUACAAUAGCAAAGAAAUGUUCAGUUUUCCCUGUUGAGUUUGUUGCUAGAGGAUUUGUCACCGGAAGUACCGAUACAUCUUUAUGGACAGUCUACAAUAAAGGCAACCGUAACUACUGUGGAAAUGUCUUGCCAGAGGGGAUGGUCAAAAAUCAAAAGUUGCCUAAGAAUAUACUCACCCCGACUACCAAGGCUGCGGAUCAUGAUGUUCCAGUCACUCCAGAUGAGAUUAUAGAAAAGGGACUGAUGCCUCGAGCUGAUUAUGUAGAAGCGAGUGAAAAAGCAUUAAGCCUUUUUGAAUACGGACAGCAAGUGGCUUUAGAACAUGGACUUAUAUUGGUAGAUACUAAGUAUGAAUUCGGGAAGGCAAAUGAUGGAUCAAUUCUGCUGAUUGAUGAGGUCCAUACUCCUGAUUCGAGUAGAUAUUGGAUCGCCAAUUCUUACUUGGAGCGCAUUCAAAAUGGUCUUGAGCCUGAAAAUGUUGAUAAGGAGUUCUUAAGGCUGUGGUUCAAAAGUCACUGCAACCCUUAUGAAGAUGAGGUCCUUCCCGAUGCUCCUGAAGAUCUUGUUUGUGAAUUGGCUUGGCGAUACAUUUUCUUAUACGAGACUAUAACAAAAUCAAAGUUUGAGAUGCAAUUGACACAGGAGCCAAUACAUGAUCGAAUAUCGCAAAAUGUUGCAUCUGCACUAGCAUCCUUAAAGUAACCACCCACACAAAACGUUUGUUGUUAUGGCCAAGGAUUUUGAUUCUGUCUUGUAAUCUUUCUGUCAAAUUGGACUUCAACCAAUAAUUCGGAAAAAGUCUGAAAUUCUACUUGAAAGUAUUCAUCAUCCCUAUGACUAGGGUAGGGUGUCUUUGUGCAUGUUUAGAUUCACAGUGAGAUUGACCAUCUCGAUGAGCUAUUUCGAUUUUGCUAAAAGUUAUACUUAGAAGCUUCAACAAAAUCACAGUUCAACCAUGAAUUUUGUCAAACUCGAAUACAAAUAUGCACUUAAAUGAUUUACCUUAACAAAAUGACUUACCUUGAAUGGUGUUGCAGGAGUCUCAAAUUGAAACCAAGAGAUGUGAAUGUAAUAUCAGCAUACUACCUAAAUUGUUAAAUUGAACCUUACAAGCUUGGCUGAAUUCUAACUAACAUGGAUGCCAAGUUGGUUCAUUAGCAUUUCACUAAGAAAUUCUUUGCAAAUAUCCUCCAAACCCUCACUAGAACUGUAAGAGAUUUUUUUCCACCAACUUA